AUGUCUACGCUCCGGCGCUCCGUUGCGUUUGCGACGCACUCGCUCACCAUCCCAGUGCCCAAGAACCGCCGCCCCAAGUUUGAACUCCACCUGAACAUAGUCGACCUGAACAACGUCCCCCUCGUCUCGGGCCGCUCCUUUGUGAAAUGGCACCUCUCGCACUCGGCGGCGGCCGACCAUCGCGGACGCAGCGACAGCUGCCCCGUCAAGGACCACAAGGUCGUCUACAACCACGAGAAGAAGCUGCCCGUGCGCCUCACCAUGGACAAGAGCGGCAUGCUGCAGGAGAGCUUCAUAGAGUUCGAGGUGGUGCAGGAGUAUGGCGGUUCGGGCAGAGGCGACCGCAUAGCCCUGGGACACGUCAAGCUCAACCUGGCCGAGUACGUCGAGCAGAGCGAGCUCUCUGCCGAGGGUGACGACGCGCCGGGCAUCACGCGGCGCUAUCUGAUGCAGGACAGCAAGAUCAACAGCACGCUGAAGCUGGGCAUCUACAUGAGGCAGAUCGAGGGCGACAAGAACUUUAUUGCGCCUGCGCUGAAGACGGCGCAGGUGUUUAGUGGCAUCGCGGGCAUCAUGGCGGGCGAGCAGGCAGAGCUGGAGGACGCUGGAGUCGCGUCGUCGUUAAAUAGCUCAUCCCGCGAAGCUGGCGAACUCCAAGACAUGUACCGCCGCACGCUCGCCGCCUACUGGUCUGCCCAACCCGGCGAGCUCAAAGCAGACGAGUGCAUCGAGGACAUCUUCGCAGGCGGCGACGGCUGGGGCGAUCGCGAGAAGCCAUACUCGCCGAAGCGCAGUGCGCGGUUUGCUGCAGAUGACAGCAGCGGGAGCAUGAGCGGGAGUGAGUCGCGCUAUCUGCGCAGGGGCGGCAGCGUGCUUGGGAAGUCUCACGAUACGCUACUGCCAGGGAAGAAGGCCCUCAGCUCGCCCAAGACACGCGGGGAAAGAGGGAGUCUGGAGCAGCAGGCGCAUGAGAUGAAGGCCGAGGCAGAGAGGCACCGGCAUCGCCCACAUCACGAGGUGCACGAGUUUGACAUGCGGGAGGACUUGCGCAGCUGGAAACGCAUCAUCUGA